CGUGGGUCAUGUGACUAGUGCCCUGCUUCCGCGUUGGCUCUUAACGUCAUCAAAGCGCGCCGCUCUGCCUUUCCAGCUGUUCGGUUGGGUGGCUAUGGUGCUGCUAGUACGAGACCCAGCGGCCUCUCGUGCCCGGCCGUUGCUACUACCCGAUGGGGGCGGCUUGGUCCGGGAUUUGCUCCGCCUUCGCUGCCGGGCGCAGGGAAUUCCUGAGGAAAGUGUCUAUGUCAAGUGCAAUGGACGACUGGUUAAUUCUGAAGAUGAGCUCCAGGAUGGAGCUGUUUAUAGUUUGGAACCAAGACUCUGUGGUGGAAAAGGAGGUUUUGGAUCAAUGCUCCGAGCACUUGGUGCUCAGAUUGAAAAGACAACAAAUCGAGAGGCUUGCCGAGAUCUUAGCGGAAGGAGGCUCCGAGAUGUUAAUCAUGAAAAAGCAAUGGCUGAGUGGGUGAAGCAGCAAGCAGAGCGGGAAGCUGAAAAAGAACAAAGACGCUUGGAAAGGCUGCAGCGUAAACUUGCAGAACCAAAACACUUCUUUGUUAAUUCGGAUUACCAACAGCAGUGUAAUGAAAUGGCUGAGCGGCUAGAGGAUUCAGUACUUAAAGGGAUGCAGGCCUCCUCCAGUAAGAUGGUGUCUCCAGAGACCAGUGAUAGUCGGAAGCGCCCAAACGAGUCCGAAAAGAGCGGAGCAAAAUCUGAGAAAAGGAAAUGUUUGUGGAUGGGAUUGGAAGGACUGGAGGAUCCUGAGAGCACAGAUGAUAGUGAAGAUAAUUAUCCUAGUACAGCAGAAGGCAGUUGCCACUCAAGCAGCAGCCACAUUGAAAAGACUGAAAGCACAAUUGAGUGGCCUAGUAGUUCAGAGGAUUCACUAGGAUGCAGCUCGACCACCAAUACCUCUGAGAAACCACAAGAGCAGGCAGAAGAUGCUGAAAAAGAUCUACCAGAGGAGGUACCCACAGAGGAGCAGAUUGCAAUUCCAACUGAUGAAAAAAAUGACACAACAGAGACCCUGAAAGAAGAGGAGCAAGAAAAAGUUUCAACUACUCAAGAGGAAAUAAUUCCAUUACAGAGCACGAAGUCUACGCCAAUAGAUCUUCUGGCAUUCAACUCUGCUGCUGAAAUGGAAGCUCUAGGAUUAGAUAAGCUGAAGUUUGAACUGAUGGCUCUGGGCCUGAAAUGUGGAGGCACUUUACAGGAAAGAGCAGCAAGACUUUUCUCUGUGAGAGGUCUGCCUAAAGACCAGAUUGAUCCUGCCUUAUUUGCAAAGCCUUCUAAAGGGAAAAAGAAAUAAAUGUUGGGGUUUUUAUAUACACACACAAUCUCUCCAUACCUGAGGGGUUUUUUUUGUUCUAUGGUCACUCUUUUUAACUAGCUACCUGCACUACUUUGGCAUCUGUAGGUAGUUUCUGUUUUUUCUAACUGGAGUUUAAAUAAUGUAAUACAAAGAAUAAAUUGCUAGAUAAAAAAAACAACAAACUAGUGUGUGCUAAAUAUUAAAGGUAGCAAAGCAUAAAGAUGGGAAAUUGUGAAGAUUUUUUGUAAAUAAAAGAACAUACAGUGUCCAUGGAUGCUUGGGAAAAAUUGUGCGCUUUAUAGAAAAAUGGUGUUUUUAUAUAUGUAAGUUGUGUGAUGAGAAUAUUGAAAUAAGUGAAUACAGGAUUGCUUAUCUGUACUCUAGGUAUUCCCUUCUAGAUAAAGAAACCAUAAUUUUAAAAUAUGGUUCAGGUUGAAUAGCUGAAGCUUGACUUUUUUGAGGGGAGGGGGAAGAUAUUUUGUAUGGGGAAUUUCAAAUAUGGAUUAGGUGUACCAUUAUGUAUGUUGGUGUUGUCAAAUAUUGGUAUACCAUGAUUCUCUGUAAAUAUACAUGUUCAGUAUCUGAAAUGUUUAUUAAAGGAAUAUUUACUUAUUUAA